AGAACCCGGAACCUCUGAGAUCAAUGAGCGGAGCGGUGGACUGUCUUCACUUCGGAACCCAGCAGCUCGGGUACUGAGUACUGGUUUCACUCACAGCUCGGAGACUUGGUACUGGUUACCCUAACAGUUCGGAUACUUGGUACUGGUUUUCCUAACAGUUGGGAUACUUGGUACUGGUUUCAGCCCAGUGGACCAGUCAGAGAGGCGAUGUGUUGACUGGUCGGGACUGGAGUGAGAUUUGUUUCCUACCAGCCAGGCAGCCUGAAGAGACGAGAUGCCGCAGCAGAAAGACAUUGUGAAGAUCGCCAUCCAGAUGCCUGGAGCGUACCCACAACUCAUACAGCUAGACCAGAAAAAGCCUCUUUCUGCAGUCAUCAAGGAGGUCUGUGACGGGUGGAACCUCUCAGGCCCUGAUAACCAUGCUCUUCAGUAUGCAGAUGGUGUGCAGAUGUACAUCACUGAGUCGAAUCGUCUGGAUAUCAAGAAUGGCUGCAUUCUGCGUCUGACCAAGGCCCCGGGCUGCUGUGCUGAGGACCUGUAUAAGGGCAUCCAGAGCGCGGACUCAGGCGUGCGCUGUGAUUCGCUGAAGCAGCUCGCUAACGUCUCCACCGACGUGACCUUCGCCCAGGAGUUCAUCAGCCGCGACGGACACGUCCUAUUGGUCAAGAUUGUGGAGGACGGCAACGAGUCUCCUCUCAUCAUGACCCACACUCUGACCAGCUUCUUUGAGCUCAUGGACCACCAGAUUGUCUCCUGGGAAAACCUCUCCUCUGUCUUCAUCAAGAAGAUCGCUAGCCUGGUGAAUGCUAAGGUGUGCGACGCGUCGAUCCAGCGGGUGUCCCUGGCCCUCCUGGAGAGCAUGGUGCAGAGCGGCCGCGCCCUCUACCUGCUCGUCAAGCAGGAGGUCACCCUGGAGCGCCUCCUCGCCCACCUGCAGGUGGCGAACCAGCAGAUCCAGACCAAAGCCAUGGCUCUGCUGAUGGCCCUACUGCAGACAGCCGGGGAUGCAGACAGACAGGAGCUGUUUGCGUUCUUAUCUAAGAAGAAUCUGCGCCAGUACAUCUACAAGAACAUCAUCCACAGCUCAGGGGCGGUGGGGGACGAGAUGGCCCACUACCUGUACGUCCUGCAGUCCGUCACCCUCAACCACCUGGAGCCCCGCAUGAGGACCCCCCUGGACUGCUACAGCCAGGACCAGAGGGAGGUCCUCCACACGCUCCGCCAGGCGGCGUUCGAGACGGAGAGCGAGAACAGUCUGAGCAACGAGCGCCGUCGCUCCCUCUGCGCCAAGGAGUUCAGGAAGCUGGGCUUCAGCAACAACAGUAACCCGGGUCAGGACCUGGUCCGCGCCCCCCCGGGCCUCCUGGCGCUGGACACCAUGGAGUACUUCUCCUCCCGCUAUCCGGACGCCUACAGCAGGUUCGUGUUGGAGAACAGCAGUAGGGAGGAUAAGCACGAGUGUCCGUUUGCCCGCAGCAGCAUCCAGCUGACCCUGGUCCUCUGUGAGAUCCUCCGCAUCGGGGACCCGCCCUCGGAGACGGGUGCCGACUACCACCCCAUCUUCUUCAGCCAGGACCGGCUGGUGGAGGAGCUGUUCUGUGUCUGCAUCCAGCUGCUCAACAAGACCUGGAAGGAGAUGAGGGCCACGCAGGAGGACUUCGACAAGGUGAUGCAGGUGGUCCGGGAGCAGAUCACCAGAACCCUGUCCAGUAAGCCCACCUCCCUGGAGCUCUUCAAGAACAAGGUCAACGCGCUGAACUACGGAGAGAUCCUGAAGCUGCGACAGACGGAGCGGCUGCACCAGGAGGAGACGCUGGCCCUGCCCGUGGUGGAGCUGAAGGAGCGUCUGAAGCCGGAGCUCAUGGAUUUGAUCCGCCAGCAGAGACUGAACCGCCUCUGUCAGGGAACGCUGUUCAGGAAGAUCAGCAGCCGGCGGCGCCAGGAUAAACUGUGGUACUGCCGCCUGUCGCCUAAUCACAAAGUGCUGCACUACGGUGACGUGGAGGAGGACACUGAGAGCCCGGCAAUAGAGUCGCUGCAGGAGAAGAUCCCGGUGGCUGACAUCAAGGCCCUGCUGACGGGGAAAGACUGUCCCCACAUGAAGGAGAACAAGGGAAAGCAGACCAAGGAGGUUCUGGACCUGGCCUUCAGCAUCACCUACGACGUGGAGGACUACAGCCUCAACUUCAUUGCCUCGUCUAGAGCUGACUUCUGCCUGUGGACGGACGGCCUCAGCGUGCUGCUCGGUCGGGACAUGAGCAGCGAGUCGAUGCGCAGCGAGCUGGAGAUCCUGCUCUCCAUGGAGAUCAAGCUGCGGCUGCUGGACCUGGAGAACGUCCAGAUCCCCGACCUGGCCCCCCCCGUCCCACUGCCCCCCAGCAACUACCACUUCUGCUACGACUUCAACGCCACGGAGCAAUAGCCCACGUGUGGCUGUUGUCAUGUGUGUGUGUGUUUGUGUGUGUGUGUGUGUGUGUGUGUGUGUGUGUGUGUGUCUGCUUGUUCUCGAGUGUGUUUGCGUGUGUGUGUGUCUGCUUGUUGACAAGUGUGUCUGCGGGCCCUAUCUUGCAUUCAGCGCAAUUGACUUUCAACACGGACGCAUGUGUCAUUGCUAGUUUGCAACUGGCGCAGAGCGUUCUUUUCCCUCCACCGCCACGCGUUGGUAAAUUACGGAAUGAUCUUGCGCCCCAAGGGGUGGUUCGGCGAAAGGAGGAGGCGUGUUCUGGCGCAAACGUUCCCUGGUGCUAUUUUGCAGUUUCAGAAAACAAUUGCGCCACAAACCAGGAAAUACCUGGUUUAAAGUCAGUGGCGCGUUGUUCAGAUGCUAUUUUUUACACUUUGCUUCUCUCAUCUACCUAGCCACACAUUCUUGGGAAAUUAUUUGGGAAAGAACAGCUGAUACAAUGGUAAUAAGUUGUACUUUUAAAUCAAUGCAUAUGCAAACACAGUAGAGCAAACACAUAUUUUCUUGACACAGACAUCGUGUACAUGCCCAUAACUUUUAGGAUUGAUGAGUAUUUGAUCGUGAGAAAACAUUGUUUUACCGCGAGCGAGUGUUAAAAAGAAUGAAUGAAUGCGGGAGCGUGUGUGUAUGUGUAAAAUAAUCAACGGACGCAGGCGCGCCUGUGUGCGUCCAUCUGUUUAAACACACGCAAACUAAACACGUAAGGCAUAAUACAGUACAUGCCAUGUAUAUUAACGGGGGGAUACAUGCAUAUUAGGAACACAAGUCGAUAAUGAUAAUGCAUUCAAUACUGGUAAGAAACUAUGUUUGUUAAUGUAUGGCGUAUAUCAUUAAAUAGAACCAGAGUUAAGUGUGUUAAGUUUUCUUUGCCGAAAUGUAUUUGAGGACUCAGUAUUUCUGAAGCUGUGGAAGAAAACACUAUUCCAUGUGUGAAUUAGGCCAUAUUAUUAUGAUUAUUUUAUUAUUAAUGUAAUUAUUAUUACAUAUUAUUAUUAUAUGCAAACGCGCUGUCAAAAUAUCAUCUCGUCAGAUUCAAAUGCGCUCAUGGCGCUUAAAGGGGAUGGGAGAUGGCACUCUCAUUGGUUUAUUGCACGUUACGCCCAAACCACACCUACGGGUAAUUAGGCUACUUCAGACAAACCCUUAUUAGAUUUGCACUGGGCGCAAGAGUCAUUUAUCCGCCGGUAAAAUAGCAACAUCGCCAUAGAACCGCCCAUAAAGCUGGUUGCGUUUGGCGCUCCUCUCUUGCGUUUCAGACCGUUAAAAUAGGGCCCUGCGUGUUUGAUCUGCUUGUUCACGUGUGUGUCUUUGUGUGUGUGUCUGCUUGUUAUGUGUGUGUUUGCGUGUCAAACGUUUACUUGCAAUCCUCUCGUCACCUGACUCCAUGCCUUGCUCCACUAGUUCAUGUGAAACACAUCGUUAGAAUACACUUCCAAAAACCACAAAAAACGUUACCAUGAAAUAUGAAAAAAGAACAUCAUGUCAGUGUCGUCGAUCAGCUGAUCAGGUCGACGGACCCUGAAGUGUCUCAUGGCUUGGGGUCUUCUGGAGUUCUCCUCCAUGUUCUGAAGGUACUGAGCACAGAAUAAAACCACACUUUAUGUCAAGUCAGGGUACAGAAAUCCAUCCCAGAUUCUCCAAGUCCUUUGACAUUGAUAGACGAAAGAAGAGUAUACUAGUAUGUAUGUGUGUGUGUGUGUGUGUGUGUGUUUGUAUGUUCAUGGAGGUACGGUGUGGUGGUGUUCUCCUCGUGGUACGGUGUGGGGGUGUUUUCCAGGAGGUACAUGGAGAAACAGAGGGGGUACGAUUGGCCCUGGACCACCAGAUGCUCUGGGGCGUAUAAUACGUGGUACUUUCUCAUUUCCAAGCAAAAAAAGUGUUUAAUUUGACGUUUCUCAAAGUAGUGUUUAUCUUCCUCCUCACAGUGUUCCCCGUUUCAGUCUCCAGACUCACCUGGGAUUAAUUAAUCUGACACAGUGCGCAGGUCGGGGAGAAUGGUCCUAAUAUCCAUUUGGUCAAUCCCGAGAAAUACUUGCAACAUUCAUUUUGGAAACGGAUUCUCUGUCAUCACAAGACGUUUCUGGAAAGAAUUAUAAAGAUUGUGAUGCGUGUCAGUUCUUCAGAAAUAUACUGAAAGAUCCAGAAAACUCGGUACUCAAAGAAAACGAACUCUUGACACGUUAGAAAGGAACUGGACGGUUGUCCGUUUCGGAAUGAGACGUCGGAAAUUUGUGCAUUAUUUGAGAGUUCCGGUUCUUCUGACUAAGCGUCGGUAACGACACCAAACAUGGCGGCCUUCACCGUUAAUGGAAAUUAAAUGGUAAUCGUUGAUGUUUGAAACAUGAAUCAUUUGAUGUGUUAUUAUGCAAUUACACAUCAAAUUGUGUGUUUGCGUCGUUUGUAUUUUGCUCUGCUUAUAGCAAUCUGUCUUAUUUAUCGGUAUCGUAGCCGAUUAAAUCAGCUAGCCCCUGUCCGUCUCCUCAAAAUCAGCAUAAAUUGCUGCUGCAUAUAUUUUUUCUAUUCAGCACUGAGCGUGCAUCUGAUCCCCCCCGAAAUUCACAGCACAAUUAGGUCGGAAGUCGGUAUCUCCGGGUUGAAAGGUCAAAGUUUUACGUAAACCUGCCCUUCUUCCAAAAUAAGAGUGUUCAGGAAACGUUCGUAGGCUAUGACAUAAAACCGGAAAAACAGUUUGUUCGUGAGACUAGAAAUAACAACAAGUUUGGAUGCCCGCAGGGACCUCUUAGCGCUUCUUUGCUGAAUCAGAUGAAUCAGUUAUUAGAACUGCUUGCGAUGGUUGAACAUGGGGGGAAUUUAUCAGUUGAUUGUAAGCUAUAAUGUAUAGCAAUGCAAAUGUUAGAAUGGGUGUUAAGUUCGCCUCUCAGUGCUUGCUGCAAGGUCACUGUAGUCUAUCGAUAAAAUGGUUAGCUAUUGUUGUGGCGUCAACCCUGAGGUUCGGGUUGCUCUGCUUCCGCACGAAGUUCCGAGGGAAAUCUCUGAUUUAACAGAGUGUUCAAGGCGAUUUACUCCGAUCUUAAGGUCCCAACUUCCGAAAUUCCAGGAAACUCUGACUGUUUUGAAGGCAUCAUAUAACGUGGUAUUUAGUGUAGUGUAGCCUACUGUUACUCUCCUUCACUGUUAAACAGUCCGCCAACCACUUCAUCAAUCUGUUGUGUUAUAAUGUUUGUUUGUGAUUAAAACCCUACAAUCUCAAUCUCA